UUGAUGUUAGUCCACGUCAAAUCCUGUUCUACCAACCGCUCAAUCAGCGCUUUGGUUUCCCUUGAUAUAGGGGCAGUGCGCAUAUCAUCAAUACUGUUUGGCUGAUGCCCUUGGUGCUUCCAGAAGUAAUUGAUCGUAACCAUAUCCGGAGCUUUACUCAUAGAUCGAACUUUUAUACUGGCUGUACAGCCACAGGGAAGGCGACCAUCUCUGUUCCCCGCAGGGUUGGCAACAUGAGAUACCUGGUUGAAGGAAAUCGUUGCCGGACGACCUCUCUUAGGGGCCCUUCCCUGUUCGUUCGACGAAGCCACUUGUGUUCCUUGACGUGGGGCAUCGUAUGGACCAAAUGUAGCAAUAAAUUAAGCAUUACGACCAGUCUCACUGCUGUAGAUUCCACUGGUCUUGCUAACAAACUUGCACGCCAUUCGCUUCUCUUCAUCUUCUAUCCACUUCUGAAAUUGCGUACGCGCCAUCUCAAACUUAACAGGACAAACUGUGGAGUAUGGUUGAGGCUGCUCGGUAACUUGCUUGCGGAAAACUCGGAUUGUGUGGUCAAUAAAUAAGGACAUUGGGAAAAAGUCCAGGCAUUUUGGAAUCCGCUAUUUUCUUACAUUUCUCUAUUUUGUGCCUAUUCUGAGUUACAUGACUCAUAGUGAUUGAUCGAUUUUCCUUGUAAAAGCUUUGG